AUGUUAACAGAACUGGAUAUUGACUCUUUAAUGGAGUUAAUAGAAGAUGAUUUCGAUUUGCCUGCAGAAGACCUGACUGCAUCAGCUAUUGCAGUCAAAGAACCUGUUAAGCAAGGAGCAACUGAGGGUACAAAGGAAAUAAGACCACGGAUUUUGAAGGAUGUUCCAAUCUUGUUUAGCAGUGAAAUGGAAACAGAAAAUUUAGAGAUGACGAACCAAAGUGAGAUUCACCAUGGCGAUACUGAUAGUUCGGAUGAUGAAUUAUACCAAGAAAAUAAAAAAGAUUUAAAUGAAUAUGGACAAAUGAUUAAGCAAAAGCUUGGUGAAGUUGCUAAUCGACGAUAUGAACAUCAGUAUAGGAGUAUUAAAACAUGGGAAAAUGAAGCACAUUCCAAAGUCAAGCAUUCCGUUGAGCAUUCACCUGAUAAUAAAGCAUUGGAUUUCAAGUUUAGUAACUUGGGUAUUAGAAUUAAAAAUCCACUCUUGCCAUCGAAUGUGUUUGAAGAUAAAGUAGCUGGAUUUCAGAAGAUUGACAUGUCUGAUAUUACCAACACUCUUGAUAAUGAUGAUAUUGAUGGAGAUUGGUUCACAGUCGGGGUCUCUGUUCAAGAAAUACCUUCUCAGAAUGAAAAGAAUGGUAAUAAAUAUUCUAUUUGGAGAAUGACUGACCUAGAGGAUUGUAACAAAAUUAUCAAAGUCAUGCUAACCAACAAAGCUCAUGCCACACAUAAAAUUGUCUCAGGAAUGGUUCUGUCAAUUCUGAACCCAUCAUUGAAAACAAAUUCUGUUGAAUAUGAAUGUCCAAUGCUUCUUGUUGAUCUGCCUGGAAAAUUGAUUAUACUUGGAAAAUCUAAGGAUUUCAGCUUUUGUAAAGCUAUUAAGAAAGAUGGAAAUGCUUGUAAAAACAUUGUGAAUCUAUCAAAGUGUGAAUAUUGUGUUUUUCAUUCAAAAUCCAAACCUGCUGUGUCAAGUCAAAAUAGCUGCAGUGGUGUAACUUCAUCAAGUAAUUGUAAUAAAACAGCAAAUGUUAUUGUUGCUGGUAAAGGAAGUAAAAAAGAAAAUGAUCUCCUCCCACUUCAGAAUCGAAGUCAAGUUAACGGUAUUAGCAACAGCAAAAUGCGACAACAAAAGUCCCUAAACAUAUUUAAUAGCAGUAAAUCAUUAUUUUCUGCUGAAGAAAACAAGUCUCUUACAAUGGACAAUAGCAAAUCAUCUAUACAAAAAAAUUUAUCAGUGAAUAAUGUAAGCCCACAAAACAUAGAGAAUAACCCUCCUGUUUCUCAAACCAAAGUGGAGAAGAGGGUGUCCAAGCUUUCUUGUCCCCCUCAGGAAUCACAAUUAAAAAUAAAAACAUGGAAAGAUGGAGGAAAAUUUAAGAAUAAUUCUGAAGAUAAAAGUGUUAUUGUUGACCAAUAUUCUGGCAUUAGAAUUAUGAAUCCACUUGUUAUGCCUGAUGAGAUGAAGCAAAGGAUGCAAAAUCGGAAGAUGAUUAAAAUGACUUACAUUAAAAAUUUUAUAAGAGGAGGUGAUAUUGAAGGUGACUGGGUCACUGUUGGAGUUGUUGUACAAAAAGUUCCUCCCAAGACUUCAAAAAAUGGAAAAACAUUUUCAAUUUGGAAAAUGACUGAUUUGCAUGAUUGUGAUAAGAUAGUAAGUGUUUUUCUGUUUGGAGCAACACAUACUGAACAUUGGAAAACAAGUGUUGGAACAGUUGUAGGGAUAUUAAAUCCUUCCAUCAUGCCCAGCAAGGAAAAUAACGAAAUUAGUCUCUCAGUUGAUAAUCCUAAGAAAUUCAUGAUUAUGGGUACUUCAAAAGACUUUGGACACUGCAAAGCUCGUAGAAAAGAUGGCAGUUCAUGCAAUGUUAUUGUUAACAUUCAGCAAUGUGAAUUUUGCACUUACCAUGUGAAGAAUGAAUACAAGAAAUUUAGCUCCAAGCGUAGUGCUGUGCAAUCUUCGUAUUCUGGAAGAGGAGAACCAUGUUUGAAGAACAAAAUUUUAAAAGGACAAAAUGUUUUCUACGGUGGCCAAAUGUAUACUCCCCCUCCCAACAUUAAGAAAUCUUCUAUCACUACAAGUAAAGAUAAAUUGACUUUAUCAAAUUUGACUUUAAAAAGAAAAGCUGAAGCAGUAGAAACUGACGAACGAGCAAAAAGCAUUCAAAAGAUAUCAGAAAUCUAUGGUCCUGAAGUAGCAAAAGCUGCAUCAAGUAAUUCAGAGUUUAUAAAUACUCAACUGUCAACUCCCAGUGUUGGAUCCAGAAAUUUUCUGCGUUACAUGGUGAAAGAUAUAGAGAAGAAAGAGCAAAAAGUUAGUGUUAUUACUCCUGAGGAACUUUUGAAAAUUCACAAGAAACAGUUUGAAGACAAAGCAUCCCAGCCUAAGCAGAAAACUGACCAAGCAAUUCUGCAGGAUUUAAUGCCAAAGCUGGGCCGAGGGUUGAAUCCAGGACAAAAAAUCAGUUUAAAUGGUCCAUCUCAGAAAGCAUUCAAUGCCCUUACGCCUGAGCAUUAUGCAAAGUUAAAGGCCAUCAAAAAAAUCCAACAGAAUGGUCCACUUAAGAAAAAAGAUCCCAAUUCUGUAAAAACUUCUCCCGAAGGGCAGAAAAAAGUGGAAAGUGUUCUUGAUAAUUCAGUUCACCCAGAGCUAGAUGCAAUGGAUGCAGAUGAAAAAAUUCUUUCACAGCCUAGCAGAUUAGGAAUCAAUUUAGAUCAAGAAAGAAUUAAGGAAAUAAUGAAUAGGAAAUCCAGUCACUCAUAUGAAGUAGAAACGGAAGAAAUUGAAAGAGAAGAGCAAUACUUUAAUCGUCUAGAAAAGAAAGAGCAAAUGGAAGAUAAAAUGGCAUCAACCAUGGAAAUAGUUUGUGAUGUUGUUUCUUGCAAACAAUGUAAAUAUACUGCAGAUCAUGCUGUUGACAGAUGUAAGACCGAAAAUCAUCCUUUAAAAUGCCACAAAGCAAUUAAGAGGUUUUUCCGUUGUAAAGAUUGCUCUCGUCGCACAUUCUGUUACACCAAGCUGCCUACAAAACCUUGCAGAUCUUGCAGUUCUACAAAUUUUGAAAGGACGGGCAUGCAUCAACCUCGCUCAGGUCCUAAAUUAGGCUCAGAAAAUCUCAGUAUUUGUGGCAAUGACAUGAAAUAUUUGAACAGCUUGCAAAGUGAAAAAUCAUUUCUUCAUAUUUAAUAUUAUUCGAUUGGCAGUUUUA